UCAUCUUCCACACAUUCCCUGAUCCUGAAGAAGAAGAAGCCAUAGCUUGCACGAGGAAGCAGCAAAUGGAGGCGAAGAGGCCAAGGUCGGCCGCCAUGGCCGCGCUGUGCGUGCUCCUCCUCCUGGUGCUGCUGCCCGGGGAGGUGGCCGCCAAGUCCAAGUUCUGCCGGUGCUUCGACGACUGCUUCCCCGGGUGCGUGAACAAAAAGGUGCCGCACUUCCUCUGCCAACUGUUCUGCGCCAACAAGUGCAGCCCCAACACCGCCGCCGUCCGCGGCGACGCCAUGUGCAGGAUGGCCUGCAACAAGCUGAGUAUCAACAUCUGCGGCUGGUCAGCGGCGCCGGCCGAUGCAACUGACGCCCAAGUCUGCGCGCAGAACUGCAACAGGAGACUGAGCCACAUGGCCCGUACCAAUUAACCUCCAAGCUGCUCCGGUUUAGGAGAAGAGAAAAAAAGUUUGAAGAUCUAGCUUAUCGAUCGUGGGAUCAUUACGUAUAUGAUAUAUAUGAUGUUGAGUGGCUAUGAUCGUAGC